AGGCCCCUUAUCCACCAUGUUUUCGUGCCGAGCAAGCCCACCGCCGUGGAUGGCGAGAUAUCCACCAUCCGGCGCCGGCAGACCAUAGCGACCGGGAGCCUCGACAACAGCCUGUGCGACUGAGAUGACUCCGAGGCGGCAGCAAUCAUGUUGCACCUCCGCGGAGAGGCGUCGCUCGACAGCGACCAGCUGGCCACUCUGACUGCCCUUACGCGAGCGGCCUCGGCGCUCUCAGCUGUGGGCGUCUUGACCAUCAUCACGACAUUUUGCUUGUCGAAGCAUUUCCGCAACCCCAUGCACCGUCUGAUCGUCAUCAAUGCGUUCUACAACGCCUUCGACGUGACCUGCACCAUGAUCUCUACGAGUGGGCCCAAAGCGGGAAAUUCCUCAGCCCUGUGCCAGUUCCAGGGCUUCCUGAACCAGAUGUUUCCUAUUGCGGACGUGCUCUGGACCUUGUGCAUGGCCAUCAACGUUUACUGCAUCGUCUUCCGAAACUACGAUGUCGAGUCGUUGAGGAGCCUAGAGUGGAAGUACGUGAUUGGCAUCACCACAGUCACGUUUAUCCCCGCUCUUGUUCUGCUCUUCAUCCACAGUGAUGAGAACGGCCCGAUGUAUGGCAGCGUAACGAUGUGGUGCGCGAUUUCCCCGAAAUGGGUCUUGUUCCGCAUCAUCUUAUACUACGUGCCCAUCUGGUCCUGCAUCCUUAUCACCGUAACCCUGUACGUCCUCGUCGGCAUCGAAAUCGCCAAGCGCCGCCGCGUCCUUCGCUCCAUCACCAGCAACAUCCUCUACAACCCGGCAUUCGAGAACACCAUCCCGCCCAGCAGCAGCGGCGGCGGCGGAGGAGGCGGCGGCGGUGGAACGCACGACAGCAACAGCUGCGGCAACUCAACAAGCGCCGAGUACGACGACGCGGCUCCCCGAGACGAGCCGGUCUCCUCGCCGACCGGGGCCUCCUCCUCCUCCAAGCACUACGCCGCGUCGACGACGCGCCUGACCACGACGCCUCGCGCGUCCCCGCUCUCGUUCCGACAUUACAUCCUCAUGCCGCUCUUCUUCUUCCUCACGCUGCUGCUGGUGUGGGUCGCGCCGUCGACCAACCGCGUCGCCUCCUUCGUCGACCCGACCUUCGCGUCGUACCCGCUCAUGCUGGUCGUCGGCGUCACCGGGUCGCUGCGCGGGUUCUGGAACGGGAUCGUGUUCGUGGUCGUGGGCAUGCGCUCGUGGAAGCGGCGGAGGGAGUUGGAUGAGAUGGCGCUGCGGCCGGUGGAGAGGAUGUAGGGCGUCAGGGGAUAUCAAUGUCAGGGAGUUAUUAGGUGCUUUCUUUGGGUUAUUAUUAAAUGGGAAUUGCCUAAGAAUAUGCCUGGCAACACGGACUUGUCUUUCUACCGGAGACCUGCGUGCUUCACAAGGACCCCAGCAGAGAGGGGGUUAGGAGCGGAGUGUAAAGCCAGCUAUACUUCACCUCUGUGCCUCAUUCCAGGAACUGGAAACCAACCACCGUGCCUCACAUGCUCUGAAGCACAUUUUCUCGGAUGCCAGUAGGCGCUGAAUCUCCAAUAUCGAUAUCUGCCACGCAACUCGGAGGUACCGUACUGUGAG